UGAGUGUGUAGCAGGCGGGCCCCCCCCGCAGCUGCCCCAGCGCCCCCGGCCCGGAAUGCUUUGUGGCAUCUCUGUUGCCUUUUGAACAAUUAAACAUGAAAAUAGCCCCUCAGAAAUCAAACUGAAUUAGAAGACUCUCUUUAGAAGUAUGGCAUGUAUCAUGGAGAGCAAGAUUGUGGGAAUAGAAAAACAGCAACAUAGCUUGACUUUACUUAGCAAAAUUAAGAACAUGAAAGAAUUAGCAGAAAUGAUAGAUGUCGUGCUAAUAGCAGAAGGGAAGAAAUUUCCCUGCCACCGACUGAUUUUGGCUGCCUUUAGUCCUUAUUUCAAAGCCAUGUUCACCUGUGGUUUGCUCGAAUGUGUUCAGAAAGAAGUCAUACUCUAUGAUAUCACUGCCGAGAGUGUCUCGAUAAUAUUAAACUAUAUGUACAAUGUGGAUUUGGACAUCAAUAAUGCCAAUGUACAGACUGUAGCUGUUGCUGCCUACUUUAUGCAAAUGGAUGAAGUCUUCAGCAUGUGCCAAAAAUAUAUGAUGGACCACAUGGAUGCCUCCAAUUGCGUAGGAAUCUAUUAUUUUGCCAAACAUAUUGGGGCAGAAGAUUUGUCUGAUCAAGCCAAGAAAUAUUUAUAUCAGCACUUCGCUGAGGCAAGCUUACAUGAAGAAAUUCUGGAAAUUGAUGUGGAUCAACUGAUGGGACUUAUUAAAUCAGAUGAUCUUAAUAUUUCCCGAGAGGAAAGUAUUCUGGACUUGGUUUUGAGGUGGGUGAACCAUAGCCGAGAGUUGCGCCUCGAGUCCCUUGUUGAACUUUUGAAACAAGUAAGGCUGGGACUUGUGAAUCCUUCAUUUUUAAGAGAAGCGUUGAAAAGGAACACGGCACUUCUCUGUAACUCAGACUGCAUUGAUCUUAUCCAGGGUGCCUUAGAUGCCAUCAAGAAGUCCAAACAACUUUCUCUAAAUCUCCGUUAUGGAAUGGAGACCACUAGUCUUCUGCUUUGUAUUGGCAACAAUUCCACAGGGAUCCGAUCAAGACAUGGCAACUAUGGAGAUGCAAGUUUUUGCUAUGCUCCUUUAACAGGAAAGACCUACUUCCUCUCCUCUCCAAAGUAUGGAGAAGGUUUAGGAACUGUGUGUACUGGGGUCGUUAUGGAAAACAAUGACAUCAUCGUGGCAGGGGAAGCCAGUGCUUCUAAGCUAUCUCGACAAAAGAACAAGAAUGUAGAGAUCUAUAGGUACCACAUCCGGGGAAAUAAAAGUUGGGAAAAGUUAUGUGCAACUGAAUUUCGGGAGCUCUAUGCCCUAGGCAGCGUCUAUAGUGACCUUUACGUUAUAGGAGGACAAAUGAAAUUGAAAAACCAGUAUCUUGUUACAAAUUGUGUCGACAAGUAUUCGGUGGAGCGUGACAAUUGGAAAAGGGUGGCACCUCUUCCGUUACAGCUAGCCUGCCAUGCAGUAGUAACAGUGAAUAAUAAACUUUAUGUGAUGGGAGGAUGGACCCCACAGAUGGAUCUCCCUGAUGAUGAGCCUGAUCGAUUAAGCAACCGACUGUUGCAGUAUGACCCUGGUCAAGAUCAAUGGAGAGAGCGGGCACCAAUGAAGUACUCUAAAUACCGAUUCAGUACUGCUGUAGUCAACAGUGAGAUUUAUGUCUUGGGUAAGGAGAAAAAGAUUUUUUAACUGAUAAUAUAACCGCUUUUUCUUUUCUCCAGCCUUUUGCCUCAGUAAAAUGAAAAACUCUCCUUUCUUUUUGGAUCAUUAACAAGGACAAGUGGAAUGUGUUGUGGUGGCUAUUCUCUUGCUUUCUAGAACUUAGGUAGGUGACGUUAAUCACUCCCAUUGAUAUGGCAUAUGAUGCUGUUUUAAGGUUUUACAAAACCCUUUAAAGAUAUGUUCUUAUUUGAUAAAAGUCCAUUGUCCUGAUAAAGGUGAUUUUUGUUAAUGGUGGUCUUAAGUGCCCUAGAGGAGAAACAGAGAGAGAAAGAGACAGACAGACAGACAGAGACAGAGACAGAGAGAGAGAGAGACAGAGAGACAUAGACAGAGACAGAGACAUAGACAGAGACAG